UAUCUCUCGCCCGCCUCAUUUUCUAGGGUUUUGAAUUGGGAUAAACCCAGUAGCAGCAGACUCUCUCUCUCUAAAACUUUCUCCGGCUAAGGUUUUAAUCAUGAGCAGAUCAGGCCAGCCUCCGGAUCUCAAAAAGUAUAUGGACAAGAAGCUGCAAAUCAAGCUGAAUGCGAAUCGGAUGGUGGUUGGAACACUUCGUGGUUUUGAUCAGUUUAUGAACCUGGUGGUGGACAACACUGUUGAAGUGAAUGGCAAUGAGAAAAAUGAAAUUGGCAUGGUGGUCAUCAGGGGAAAUAGUGUAGUCACUGUUGAGGCACUUGAACCUGUUAGUAGACCACAGUAAUUGUAAAUUUGCAGUGGUAUGGAUUCAUGUAACUUGUAGUGGAUUAUGUCAGAUUCUGAAGCUUUAUGACACCAAAAACACCUGUUCUAAGAUAUCCUUAAAAUACGCUGUUAUGAGGAUUAUCCCCUUCAAUAUUCGGUAUUUAAUAGCUCCUUGUGUCUUAUGACUUGAAUGUUGUGAUGUGCAAGUUACAUGCUUCUGUAAGUUAAUAAUCUUGCUUGCCAAGUUAAA